AUGGAUCCUUCGUCGCCGCCGCCCUCAGCGCCUCCAGCCAUCCCCGUCCCCGGCUACCAGACGCCCGCCGCCCACGCGCCCAUUAUGGAUACUCGUCCCGCCCUCGCCCACACUCCGGCCGUCCACAUCACGCCCGUGCCCAACACGCCGAGGCACAGGACGCCCACAAUACGUUUUCCUACCACGCCCGCCCACAAUCUAGGCCUACCUCCCUACGCCACGCCCGCCCGCACCACGCCCAGGCAUGGCACGCCCGCCCACACGCUCCCAUACCCUGCAAGGCGCCCACAGAGCGCGCCCUCAAUCGCGGACAGGCCGGCCUCCAGUGUCUUCGGAAGCGAAGGAACCAACAACACAUCCAUGGGCGUGACAGGGAUGGGCGUGGCAGGCAGGUCCGGUGGGUCCAGUUCGAGCUCCCUGAUGGGCGUGGGCGCGGUAGAAGUGCAAGCUCGUCCUCCAACACGCCUGGUCUCUCCACCUCACACUCCACCUACUUCCACACCUCGUCCUCCACCCUCCUGGACUCCUUGA